CGGAGGCAACGGCGCAAAAACCAACGACGAUACAGACAGAAGCAGGGAGAUUUGGUGGUUCAGCUCGAGGAGGACUCGCGGCAGCUACAGACAGAGAUCCAGACCCUGAGGCGCCAACACCUUGGGAUUCUCGCAGGCAUUCCAACCAAAACCAAUCACUGGAAUGCAACUGCAGAAUAUUACCGCCUGUUUCAUCGCGGACUGCAAGCGGAUUCUCUCCUCAAGAACGUCCAGCUAGAGUUCGUGCGGGCAACGAUGGCUGCAGACGUUGUAUUCAACACAGAAUAUGGCACUGAGGCCUUGGUGAAGAACUGGUGUUUCUUGCAAUGGUUCGAGGAUGUCGCGGUGGAGCUAGAAAGAUUGGAAAGGAGCUCCAAGACGUCGGUUGUUGCGACCGUGAGAACAAGCGUGACGAUCACGGAUCGAACUUCGGCCAGCGUGUUCCCACACCUGCUGACUCCGAAGGAAGACAACAAUUUGGCAAGCAAGCUGCUGGGCCAGCGCAUCUCAAUGCAUGGGUCCGCUCGCUUUGACUGGGGUAGUUCGAUCUACCGUGUGACGAGUGUGGUAUCACAGAGCGACAUGUAUCUAUUGGGUAGUAUCGAGAAGGUGAGUAAAGUUUUCGACCAGGCG